AUGGCCUUCAUGAAGUUCCUACUACUUGCUUUGCUUAUUGCCUAUUCAUCCAUUUCCAUUAUAAGUGCCGAGGGCCGGGUUGUACGUAAGGAUUUAGGUGUAGAUCUUGGUGGCAUUGGUGUCGGGGUUGGGGCAGGCGUUGGGAUUGGGUUAGGGGGUAGUGGCAGUGGCUCUGGAGCAGGAGCUGGAUCAGGAUCAGGAUCAAGGUCCAGCUCCUCCUCUUCUUCAAGCUCCUCGAGCUCGAGCAACAGUGGCUCUGGAGGAGGUGACUCUGAAGCAGGUUCGUCUGCAGGGUCCUAUGCGGGAUCCCAUGCUGGAUCUGGACACCGAGGUGGAGACUGA